AUGGCGUUCGUCAAAGUCGUCAAAAACAAGGCAUACUUCAAGCGGUUCCAAGUCAAGCCUCGACGCCGGCGGGAAGGGAAGACUGACUACCACGCUCGAAGGGCCUUGAUCAUCGUUGACAAAACCAAGUAUAACACCCCAAAGUAUCGUCUUGUCGUUAGGAUUACGAACUCGGAUGUGAUCUGCCAGAUUGUAACGGCUCGUGUUGAAGGAGACAAAGUGAUAGCAGCGGCGUACGCGCACGAGCUCCCUCGUUAUGGCAUCAAGGUUGGUCUGACGAACUUUGCUGCAGCCUAUGCCACUGGUUUACUCGUAGCCCGGCGGACGCUGACGAUUCUCGGGCUUGCCGAUGCAUACCAGGGUAAGGUUGAGGCGGACGGCGAGCUUUACCAGGUGGAGCCGGUCGGGGAGACCCGCCCCUUCCGAGCGGUGCUGGACGUCGGGCUCGUGCGAACGACGACUGGCCAUCGGGUGUUCGCGGCGAUGAAAGGCGCGGUUGAUGGAGGAAUCGAUAUUCCACACAGCGAGAAACGUUUCCCAAAGUAUAAGAAGGGAUCCGAGUUCGACCCUGAGGAGCUGAAAGCACGCAUAUAUGGUAACCACGUGGCCGACUACAUGCGAAUGCUACGAGAGGAAGAUCCCGAAAAGUACCAGCGGCAGUUCUCUCGUUAUAUUCAAGCAGGAAUUGAUCCCGAUCAGUUGGAGGACAUGUAUCGGGAGGCCCAUCGACGCAUCCGAGAAGAUCCACGCGCGGUUCUAACCGACAAGUCUCGUGUAACGAAGCGCCCACGAAAGACACCUAAGUUGAGUCGCGAAGAGAAGCAGGCGCGGCUGGCGGCGCGGUUAGCAGCGCUCGCCCGCUCUGGCGCCACGGAAUCGAUGGUAACCGUUUCAUGA